AUGUCUGCCUUGCCUUCAACGUCGCCCUCGGCGUCGGGCGCGGGCGACGUCGCUGCCCCCUCUGAAAAGCAGCAGCACAGCUCCAGCGACAUCGCCGCCGCCACCGACACGCUCCCCGCACUCGCUGCAUCCUCCCCUCUUGAUGCCCCUGCCCCCGUCCAACGACCCACCGGCACCCUGAUGCGCAUCUACUCCAAGCCCAUCACCCAGAUUGUCCUGCUCGGCCUCGUCUGCUUCCUCACCGCCGGCUUCUUCAACGCCCUCAGCGGCAUCGGCGGAGGCGGACAGGUCUCGGCCGACGCCGCCAACACCGCCAACCUCGCCCUCUACUCGGUCUUUGCCGUCGUCUCCUUCUUCAGCGGAUCCAUCCUCAACCGCCUCGGCAGCCGCCUCACCCUCUUCCUCGGCGCUCUCGGAUACUGCCUCUACAUCAUCUCGUUCCUCGUCUACAACAUCUACGCCAACAAGGGCUUCGUCAUCGCCGCCGGCGCCAUCCUCGGCGUGUGCGCAUCCCUCCUCUGGGUCGCCCAGGGCUCCCUCAUGCUCUCGAUCCCCACCGAGUCGCAAAAGGGCCAGUUCAUCGCCGUCUUCUGGUGCAUCUUCAACCUCGGAGCGUGCCUCGGCAGCGCCAUCGAGCUCGGCCUCACCUACCACUCGACCCAGAACACGGUCAGCAACGGCGUCUACGCCAGCUUCGUCGUCCUCACGGGCCUCGGCGCCUGCUGCGCCAUGCUGCUGCGCGACCCGGCCAAGAUGAUCCGCGACGACGGCACCCGCGUCACGGUUCCCCGCCAGACGAGCUGGCGCACCGAGUUCCGCGGCCUCUUCCAGCUCCUCGUCUCGGACAGGUGGAUCGUGUGCCUGUUUCCCCUCUUUGCCGCCUCCAACUUUUUCUACUGCUACCAGUUCAACGACUUCAACUCGCCCCUCUUUACGCUGCGCACCCGCGCCCUCAACAGCUUCCUCUACUGGGCGUCGCAGAUGGGCUCGAGCGUGGCCAUGGGCCGCCUCCUCGACAGCCGCCGCAUGUGCCGCCGCUCGCGCGCCUGGGUCGGCUGGUCGGUCGUCUUUGUGCUGGUGUGGACCGUAUGGGGCGGCUCGUACGCCAAGCAGCUCCAGUACACGCGCGCCGACACCCAGCAGCCCUGGUGGGACGCGCGGCGCAUCGACUUUACCCAGUCGCGCAGCUACGCCGGCCUGUGCAUCCUCUACAUCCUCAUGGGCGUCCUCGACGCCUGCUUCCAGACCUACGCCUACUACGUCAUCGGCACCGUCUCCAACGACCCGGCCAAGCUCGGCUUCCUCGCCGGCUUCUACAAGAGCUUCCAGUCGGCCGGCGCCGCCGUCGCCUUCGCCAUGGACUCCAAGUACGAGCCCUUCAUGACCAACCUCGCCACCGGCUGGGCCCUCUGCGCCGCCGGCAUGGUCUGCGCCCUGCCCGUCAUUGCGCUCCGCGUCACCAACACCACGGUCGAGGCGUCGCCCGUCGGCGGCGUCGAGGGCGCGCGCAACAGCGAGAGCGACGUCGAAUCGGCACGCGCAUCCACGGGCGGCGGCGGCGUCGUCGUCGCGACAAAGGAGGAAGACGUCUCGACGCCUGGUAGCGAAAAGGCCUAG